AUGAAGCCGACCCCACUCUGGCCUAGGACCAGCGGCAGGAAUGGCUUUUUUGUCUGUCGCUGGCUCCCGUCGCCGUCGGCGCAGCAAGUUGCAAGGCGGGGAGCAGAGAGCGGCGGCAGGAAUCCGAUGGAUCUGGAGGACGGAAUCGAGGAAGAUGGAUGGGCCUCCUGUCCCAUCCAUUCCAUCCGCAGCGCCGCCACUCCACUGGGCCUCUCCUUCCACCUUGGGAUCUUCCCAGAUCCCUCCCGAUCCAUCCACCUACCUCCCUUGGUUUUCCGCGCCGCCCAAAUCCCAGCAACCACCCACCUCCUCCUCUCGAUCCAUUCUCUUGCCCAACUUCAGAUCAGGAGGCUCGAUCUCGAGCUCCUCUGCUUCUCCCCAAGCGCCCGAGACCUACCUCUUCUCCCCUCGAUCCUGAAGGGAUCAUGUAGCUGCUCGAGGCCCAGAGCAGGAGCGCUCGGCCUCGUCCCCUCGCGCCGCCGUCGCUGGCAACCAGCUCCUCCAAGCUGCCCCCAUCUCUGCACCCGCCUUGAGCGCCUCCCGCUUACCCGAGCACACGCGGGACUCCUCGCUCCUGUCGUCAACCAUGCGCCCGUCGUCCCCGAGCCAGGAGCCCCUUGUUCGAGCGCCAACUACCUCCUCCCGCUUGUCACCUCGCCGGAGAUCCUUCCUCGACACCGAGCUCGCCAAGCCCCGCCACCAGGGACCUCCUAUGUGCCCCGUCGACAGUGCCAGCGCAGCAACGCCUCAUCCACUCACCGUCUUCUCCGCCCGAGGGCCUCCCCUGUCCGACGCCAGGGACGCCGUGUCCCCAAGCAGCAACAUCAGUCCCGAGCCCCGCUGCAUCCCCUCGACCGAACCUCACCGGCGACCCGCAGGAGCCCUGCCAGGGAUCUCCAAGUCUGUGGCCGCCGGUUUGCCUCCGCCCCACACCCGCAGAACCUCACCACCGGUCAGACCGGCCCCACCUCGCCGGAUCCACGCUCACCGGCCUCCACCGCAAGUUUUAGGCUGCCGCUGCUCUGCUUUCUGUCGGGCAGAGGAACGCACCCUGCUUUCCCUGCCUUGCUUGAUCUCCUGGAGGUGAGGACGAGCGCGUUGACCGCGCCAGCCCGUCUACCCGCUGCACCAACUGGGCCGAAGCCCAUGGUGAGCCUCUUGAGAGCCCCUCUGCCCUGUGCACUAUUGGUCCAGUACAAGUUUCAGCCCGUGGACAUUUUUAUCGGUUCUGGACGAUUUGCUAAUUAUCCAGAGUUUUACAGUUUAUAGAAAAACCCUCCAUGUUCAUGCAUAUCAUAUAUCACUAACCGUGCAUCGGAUUAAAAAUGAUUUAAAUAUGUAAAAUGCUUAAUACUUAAUCUAGUUUCAUAAUAUGCAACUUUCAUCCAUGUUUAAAAGGUUUAAAAUGAUGCUUGCGUUUAAUUUUCUAAAUGUCAUGCUAAAAUGGUUUAUAUUGUAACUAAAUAACCGUAGCUCCGGAUUUAAUAAACUUUAUAUGUAAAUUGUCUAGAAAAAUGCAUAGGGCAGAAUAGGGCAGAAUAGUACCAAAUUCAAAAUAUGCAUAUGAGGAUUUUUUCGGAAUUGUUGUUUGUUGUUCCGGCCUCAUUUAAACAUGCCUAGAUAGGUAGUUUUAUUAUGUUCACUCUAUUGCCAUGUUAACCAACAUUUAAUAUUGUUGAGUAGCUUUAACGGGAGCGAAUUAAAUGAUUGAAUGUGUUGUUUCGUAAGUAUGCAACUCGUUACAUAUUGAGCUCCACCAACCGCGUGCGUAACCGUGAUUGUCUCUUUUCGGGGAAGUUUGAGAGGAGAAUACAGUUGGGUUAUGUUUGAACGUAAGUAGUUCAAGAUCACUUCUUGGUCAUUAAUAGUUUGCGA